CGUACGACAAGCAAGAUCCUUAGCAUGGAAGGUGCCACAGCUUCCAGCGAUAGCCAAGCAGGCUUACGUGCUUGUGACCAAUGCCGGACUCGUAAGAUCCGUUGUGACAAAGGCAGGCCCUGUGCGAGCUGUCGUGCUUCCGAUCUGAUCUGCCAGGCAUCUGGCAACAGGCCUAAGGAGCAACGGCAACGAGUACUCAUCUCCAGCAAAUAUGAGUCGAAGAUCGAUGCAAUUGGAGACCGGCUUGCUGGUAUUGAAAGAGCCUUGCGAGACAUGAAGAUGGCUUCGCCACAGUUGGCUACACCACCCAGUCACGUACAGCCGUCACCGUCUCCAUUAAUAGGGAACUCAGUCAGCGCCACACCUGUCGCUACGCCGGCAUCCAACAUCCAACAUUUCGAAGGUGAUACGUCUCUUAGCGCCUAUACCACCUCCACCAACGAUCAAUUGCAACGGGCACUUCGCAACACUCAGUUAUUGCAACAGGACCCAGACCUUGCCGCUGCUUUGAAAUCCCUCAGUCAGAUAGUAUCGACCCAGAAUGUGUACCCUGGUGAGCAUGAGGUAUCUAGCACCGAGAGAGCCGUUAAGAACAACCGAAGGUACGGCGUUCCUCCAGCAGAGGUGGUCUCCGGGGUGCUUCGAGAGUGCGAAGACAUCUACGAUACGGUCAUCGGACUGUUCUAUCCCGUCAGACCGUACAAAGAGGUUGUGGCUCUUUGUAAAGAGCUAUACUUCAAUAUUGAUGACAUUCCAGUGGCAAGCCUGAUAGUAGCAUUCGGUAGUCUCUACUUCAUCUUCAGAUGCUACCAGUUCGGAUUUGCGAAAGACGAUCCACGUAUAGAAGAGUUCCACGGAUAUACCGAUAUGUUUGUGCGAAAUAUGAUGGAUUUGAUCGGUCUGCUUCCGAUACUCAUGGCACCUACGGUUGACAACUUUGAAGCCCUAUUACUUGGUGCUUACUAUGCUGUCGAAGCCUCUAAACCUUCGCUGUGCUCCGCACUCAUAUCGAAAGCAAGCCACCUCUGCCUCACCCUAGGCUAUCAUCGUGCAGACUCCAUGGUCAAAGACUCACCCGAGACGCGCGGACGAAAGAUCAAUCUUUUCUGGUUUCUGUACAGCAUGGACAAAGGCCUUUGUCUUCGCCUUGGUCGCGCAUCGUGUAUACAAGACUACGAUAUUGCUGUUCCUAUGCCUAUUCUGGGAACCGAAGAGAGCUUUUCUGCUGGCAACGGUCUGGUCCGAUUCUGGUGCAAGCUUGCAGGGAUACAAGGGCGUAUCUACGAGGAUCUUUACAGUCCUCGCGCAUUGAAACAGCCCAAAGCAUCCAGAGCAGCUAAGGCUGAUUUGCUCGUCACCGACAUCAGACAAAUGUGGACCGAACACAACCACAUUGGAUAUAUACCCGGCACACCCGAAGAGACGCACGAAGUGUUCAUGCUAGGAGAUAAAGUCACAAUGUCUACGACACUUACACUAGUACUCCGGGCCGUGCCAUCAACAGACGGUCAGCCAUUGUCGUGCAGCCAAGAUUGUAUCGCUGCAGCUCGACAAGCAUUACAACUUCACCAGACCUGUACCGCCAAGUUCGCAGACAUGUCCGAUAGACACGUGUUCGCAGAGUAUCUGCAUUGGACUUUGCUGCAUACACCUUUCACUCCGUUCCUGGUCAUCUUUUGUCAUAUCAUCGAGACACAGUCCACGAGCGAUCUGGCGAUGCUUGGCGACUUUCUGCAAACCCUGCAGCCUGCUCGUGGCACAUCGAGUGCCAUCGAGAAGAUGUUCCUUGUGUGUGAUGUCUUUCAUCGCGUCGCUAAGCUCUUCAUUGGAGCUGCCGCGAGAGACCCCACUUUCUCCAACCCUACGACGUCCGACCAGCCAACACAAACACAGUUGAGGAAGGAGCUCGACCCAUUCAUGACCAGGAUCGGUAUCAACAACACGUACGAUGCCGGAUUCAAUGGCACUGAGUUCGAUUCUUACACAGCUUCUACUCAGCCGAACGCAACGUACGACAUGAACACCUUUGCUCCAAGCGGGAAUAUGGGCGAGUGGUUCUCAGAAGAUCAACUGAUCACAACGUUACUAGGCAACGACUUCAACUUUAUGGAUCCAAACGCAGCGCCUAUGAUGAACAAUGGCGGGCAAUUCAUGUGAAGCUUACACGACCGAGUCGCUGUUACUGGCUCGUG